GUUAGAGGUCGGGGCAUUCGAGACUCGGUUGUGGAUUUGUCAAAAAGUCAUCCUAACUUAGCUUCAUUACAAUUUUCACUGAAGAGUAUUUCUUCGGAGAUAUAUAUUGUUGAUUUUUCUUUCGUUUUAACUAGAUUCCGCCAUGAAGGUCGCGCCGGCCAGCCACUUGUCGCAACGCGGUUCUCACGCCGCCAACUACGGGGACUUCAUCAUGACUUAUUUCAAGGAGGCUCUUAAGAAUGCUUACCAUCCGAAGCUUAAUCCAAAGGGCAUCAUCAACAUGGGCACGGCGAUCAACCGCUUAAUGGAGACAGAACUGGCCGCCCGCAUUACCCAAGGAGACGCCCUCGCCUACACGCCCACACACCAACACUACUACGAACUCUCUGGCACUGCUCACCUAAGACAGGCACUCGCGGGGUUCUUCACAAGGCACUUUUGCCCCGGCAGGAGUUCUCCGGAUAAUCUGGUGGUGAUGAACGGCGUGGGGGCGUGUCUGGACUCCCUCGGCCACGCCAUCUGCGAUCCCGGCGACGUCCUCCUCACGCCGACGCCGGUCUAUGGCCGCAUCUUCACCGAUUUCUGCGACAGGUCCUUGGUGUGUGUGGAACCUAUCGACACGUCACAAAAGGCCGACGUCGAUGGCAUGACCUUCGCCCUGCGCCCGGAGGUCGUCGAGGAGCGGAUUGUCCAGCUGACCUCGGAGGGCAAGAAGGUUCGAGGUCUUGUGCUCCUUCAUCCCCACAACCCUCUCGGUACCUCCUACAGUCCUGAGCUCCUUCGGAAGAUCUUCGCCGUCUGCGCUAGGCACCAGAUGCACGUCAUUGUGGACGAGAUCUACGCCCUUUCUGUAUUCGACUCCUCAGCUCCUCACCACAGUGUCCUUUCCCUGAAUGAUCUUCCGGACCCUGACAGAACGCACGUGCUCUGGGGUCUCACGAAGGAUUUCGCUCUUGCCGGUUUCCGAGUAGGUGUCAUCCACACGCAAAAUAAAGAGCUUUUGCAAUGUCUUCGAGCAGUGGCUACAUACCAGUGCACGCCCCACCUCAUCCAGCACGCGGCAGCAACACUUCUCAACGACGUAGACUGGUGCGACAAGUUUUACCUUCCCACCAACCAAAGGAGGAUGCAAGAGGCAUACACGAAGGCCCAGAAGCGUUUGGAAGGAAUGGGCGUAAAAGUGAGGAAAUCUCAGGCAGGUUUCUUCGUCUGGGCCAAUUUGCAAUCGUUUCUUCACCCUUGCACCGAGGAGGAAGAGCUAAAACUGUUCGAAGAGCUGUUCGAGAGCGGUCUCUUCCUCGUCCCAGGAUCCAAACUCUACUGCGUGAAUCCUGGUUGGUUCAGGUUCAUCUUCACCAUUGCACCCGAGGAUUUAGACGAAGCCCUGAACAAAGUAGAACUCGUGUUAUGCCGCAGAAGAACACCCAGGAAACACCGACCCGUUGCUCUUUAAGUCCUGAAACAGACACAUUGAGACAGACUUAGUUCUGCAAGUCUAAUGAAAUAAGUUUAAUUUAAAAAUCUAUUCUGUAUUGGUUUAGACGCUAGUGGAUUUAAUGACAUUUUAUAUACUAUUUUUGUAAACUUUUUUAAAAAAAUUUUUUGUUCUAAACUCGUCUUAUGAAGAUAGUCAUAAAGAUUCAUUAAAUUCGAUUUCAUAUUGUGAUGUUAUAAUGCACAAAGGAAGUUCUUGAUAGAUAUGCCUAUUGCGGUGUUUUGUUCUUAUUAUUUUUACACAUUUUCCUCGGUCUCACUUUUUCUAUUUAUUUAUAUGUAAAUAAAAAGUCUAGAACGGUUUCCAUUCAAAUAUUACGUUCCGUGUUAUAUGUAAAUACUGUAAAGAAAACGUUUAUAUCUAUUUAUAUUAAUAACGAUAUAUAUUUGUAAGCUAUUUAUUGCCUGCAUAGACAUCUCUAAGAGAUGCAAUUUACAGGUUCUUUGUAAGAUCAAGUGUACAGGAAUUAGUC